CCGGCGGCGGCGGCGCGGCGCGGCGGGCGGGCGGGCGGCUCCUCCCCCGCAGAAAUCCCCUCCGCCGGGUAUAUGCGGCGCCGCCGCCGCCGCCGCUCACUCGCGGGUGCCCGCGCGCCGCCAGCCCCAGCCCCAGCCGCGCCGCCGCCAUGAUCAGCAGCGCCCGCCGCCUCGCCGAGCCGCCGGCCAUGGAGGGCCGCGAGGCGCCGCGCAAGGAGCGCCCGCCGCCGCCGCAGGACGAGCGCCACGACAGCGGCCUGGACUCCAUGAAGGACGACGAGUAUCGGCAGCUGGUGCGGGAGCUGCAGGACAUCCGCCUCCAGCCCCGCGACCCGCCGCCGCCGCCCGCCUGGGCCCGGCAGCUCACCGACGACGGCGACACUUUUCUCCACUUGGCGAUUAUUCAUGAGGAGAAAGCCCUGAGCCUGGAGGUGAUCCGGCAGACGGCCGGCAACGGGGCCUUCCUCAACUUCCAGAACAGCCUCAGCCAGACCCCGCUUCACCUGGCCGUUAUCACCGAUCAGCCUGAAAUUGCAGAGAAUCUUCUGAAGGCAGGAUGUGACCCAGAAAUCAGAGACUUCCGAGGGAACACGCCGCUCCAUAUCGCCUGUGAGCAGGGCUCCCUCGCAAGCGUCAGCGUCCUCACGCAGUACUGCCAGCAGCACCACCUCCUCCCUGUCCUACAGGCAACCAACUACAACGGACAUACAUGUCUCCAUUUGGCGUCUAUUCAAGGGUAUCUAGCUGUUGUUGAAUACUUGCUGUCCUUAGGAGCCGAUGUAAAUGCUCAGGAGCCAUGCAAUGGAAGAACUGCAUUACACUUGGCUGUAGACCUGCAGAAUUCAGACCUGGUAUCACUUCUGGUGAAACAUGGGGCAGAUGUGAAUAAAGUGACCUACCAGGGCUAUUCCCCGUAUCAGCUCACGUGGGGAAGAGACAACUCCAGCAUUCAGGAACAGCUGAAGCAGUUGACCACAGUUGACCUGCAAAUGUUGCCAGAAAGUGAGGACGAGGAGAGCAGUGAAUCGGAAUCUGAAUUCACGGAGGAUGAACUUAUAUAUGAUGACUGCCUUAUUGGAGGACGACAGCUGGCAUUUUAAAGCAGAGGUCUCUUGAAAGGAAGUGACUGUGUACAUAUGUAUAGGAAAAGGACUGGUGUUCUUCAUUUUAAAAAAACAAAAUGAGGAAGAAAAAUGUACUAAAAUACUACACUGCCCAGCAAGGAGCACUUAAUUCUAACAGCAAGGUUCCGUGUUCUGACCCUGGUUAAAUAACAUGAGUGGGAUAUGUAACAUCACUAUAAAUCUGUGCUUAUUUACACCACUUGAUAAGGAACCUCAUAUCCAAACAUUAACAGUAUGAAGAAAACAGACUGCAGAUCCAACAUACUAUUUACAGAAAUGCAUUCAAGAUCUGUCCGUAGAUGUUAAAUGCUAUGAGGAAUACUUGUCCACUCAUGACAAGACAGGCUCAUGUAAACGUCCCAUCUUCUUGGAGACUGUUUCUUAGAUUUCUGUUGGGCUGGUGAUACUUCACCUUACUGACUGACCUCAGCUGCUCGUUUGGGGGGAAUAGCAGACAGAGGAUCAACCAAAGGAGUCCUCUUGGCUGUCACGGGAGAGGUAGCAAUCAUGCUAACUGUGGGCAUUGGAAACAAUGUGUUUCACGUAAUGUGUGUCAUAAUUGCUACACUUCUUAGCAAUUGUAUAGCUUGUAAAUACUGUACAUUUUGUUUAUAAUUAUUUUGGUACAUGUGAGAUGUAUUUAUUAAAAAAAGUCAAAAUUC